AAUUGUGCAAUCCACUCACUUGCGAGAGACACUCAUCGAUAGCUAGCUAACUCGUUCCUCCCUAUCCUCCGCAAGCUCCAUUCCCCAGCUCCCAAGAGCUCCGAGGAGAGCACCGUACCAUGGCGUCCUCUUCCGCUCUGAUCGUGCUCCUCGUCGUCCUGGGCUGCGCCGCCGCGGCCUCCGCCGCGUCGUUCACCGUCGGCGAUUCGCAGGGGUGGGCCAUCGGCCCCAACUACGCCACCUGGGCCAGUGGCAAAACCUUCGUGGCUGGAGACACGCUCGUGUUCAACUAUGGCAGCCAGGCCCACACGGUGACCGAAGUCAGCAAGAAGGAGUACGACGCCUGCUCCAGCACCGCCAACGGCGAGAACAGCGGCACCACCACCAAGACCCUCACCGCUGGCGACCACUACUACAUCUGCACCAUCGGUACCCACUGCGCUAACGGCAUGAAGCUCGCCAUCACCGUCGCCGACUCCAGCUCCGGCACCCCGCCGGCCGCCCCAGCGCCGCCUGGCGCCAGCACCCCGCCCACCGCCCCCUCGAGCCCCACCGCGUCCAGCGCGCCGGCCCGCCUCCACGCCGUCCCCUUCCUCGCGGCCGCCGCCGGCGUCCUCGUCAAGCUCGCCCUCUUCUGAUCCGCCGCGCCAUGGUAGAGGCAGUGCAGAGAUAGCUCGUUCUUGGGAAGUUUCACCGAUCGACCGUUGUACGUACGUUUUCCUCUGACGGCAUGCAGUACGCUACUUCUACAGGAGAGUUGUUGGCUACCUGAUGUAAUAUUUGGUUGGUUUCGUAGUGGUAGUUGGUAUGAGUGACUUGUAUGGAUUAUCAUCCCUGAUGUUUCUCUCUAUCUAGCAGUAAUAUAUAUCACUGUGGCUUAGUAA